AUGGCUGAUACACACGGGUCAGAAGAUACAACCCAUGAACUAGAAGUCUCCCCUGGACUCGUAACCGUCCGUGGGCGAGUCGACAUCACGACGCUCCCUUUGGAAAUUAUCCAGAUGAUCGGCAAGAUUAUGCUGACAGAAGACCUCGUACGGGUAAUCCAAAGUUGCAAAGCAUUGUACGGCCAGUUGACCUACGUCUUGUAUCGCCGCAUGGUCGCCGCCAACAACCACCACAAUGCAAUUGUCCACUGCAUCUUGCGCAACCGCGCAACCCCGCUGUCAAGGUUCCUAGAUGCCGGUGCUAUACUGGACAACGGAGCUGCGCGUGAGUACCACGCGACGGCGAUAGCAACCUGCGAUAAAAACGCAGGUUUUCUAAGCAAGCACCCGCUCGUUUCCGCUGCGAGUCUAGGCCAUGCUGAGAUUGUGCGGUUGCUGUUGCGGCGCGCAGAGGCUGUCACUUGGCAAAGCCGGACAGUGAUCAAAUUUUCUGCGCUGCUGGAGGCGAUAAAGCAUGGACACGUAGAAGUAGUCCGGAUACUUGUCGAUGCGGGCGUUGAUCUACGCGGAUCCUCUACUAGUCGUUUGCAGCCCACCAUUCCCUUGGUACUUGCUGCCACCCACAAGAGCAUCGAUAUGGUGAAAAUAAUAACUGCCAAGAUGAGAGCGGAGACGGAGACCUAUCGAGCCCAGACAUACUUCAGCCAGUGCGGGCAUGCUCUCCGCGCCGCGAUACAGGCGGACUCGCACGAAAUUGUCGAGUUUUUUCUGCGCGAUGGUCUUCAUCCGAACGCUUCACGGACAACUGAGAGUUUUCUGUAUACUGCAGCAACUACAACCCCGUCGUCGUACAACAGAACGGUCAUAGUCAAACUGCUUAUGGCGUACGGGGCAAGCACGGUAAAGAGUGACCCCGGUCUGAUAAAGGCUUCCUGGAAUAAGAAUUUCGAGGUUGUGAACCAUGUGCUCACAGAGGGUUGUGAUUGGAAGUAUAAGAUGAGGGAAGUCAGGUGGGCUCGGCUUAUGGCGGAGAAUGAAGGGCAGCAGGAUGUUGUGCAGCUUUGGAACGAAUACGUGGAUCAGCGGAUCCGUGAUGGCGGCGACAUGGCUUAA